AUGCUGAUCGAAGAAGAAGAUGCCGCAGAGUUGAAAACAUGGGUGGUGAAGAGACUCGAGAACAUCUCCGACGCAGAUUCCGACGUCCUGGCAGAUUACGUUAUAGCUUUGAUGCGCGCAGACACCCCAGAGUCAGAGCUAAGGACGACCGCAGUCGAUUGCCUGGAAGAUUUCCUGAAAGACAACACUGCCACAUUCGUCGACGAGAUAUUCAAGGCAAUCCAUACCAAAUCCUACUCUCCCAGGAAUUUGAUUCCUCAGAGCGCUUCGUCCACCAGUCCAACUUUCGCAGCUCCCUCAGGACCUGCUGGCGCAUACGGCUCACUUGGCGUUGGGCGAGGGUUGCACGGGGGAUAUCAAGAGUCUAGGAAGCGCUCGUACAAUGACAGACAAGAAGAGGGUUCUGGGCUUGACUCGCAUUAUUCGCGAGGUGAGCGCCAAAUAAAGCAGAUGCGGAGAGGAGGCAGGGGUGGUAGAGCAGAUGCAUUCGUGCCUAGAAAUGGAAGAGGAGGCUUUCAAGAAUCCAUGUAUCCUCAAGCACGAGCCUCACCGGUAGCACUGGGCUUUCAAAAUAUGCCAAUGCCGCCGCCUUUCGAUCCCAAUGAUCCGCUUGCGACAAUAAUGGCCAUGCAAGCUAUGGGAUUACCGCCGCUUCCUGGCAUGCCACCGCUUCCUCAAGCAGGCUCACCGAACGUUUUACCCCAAUUCGGAGGGCAAAGCCUAUCACCUUCACAUGGGCCCCGGAGAAACACUCAUAGGGAGCGAUGUAGGGAUUACGAUGAGAAAUUCUUUUGCGAAAGGGGGGACGCUUGUCCCUACGAGCACGGCACAGAUCGACUGGUCGCAUCUGGUCAAGACGAAUACGACCCGAAGAAUUCGACCAUUAUGAACCCGCAGGCUACCUCCCCUACGUCGAAUGGACACGGUGGAUCACAGGAGCACCGAGGAAAUGGGUAUACUCAAGGAAGAGGAAGAGGAGACCGGGGGGGAUUCUUGCAGCGGCGCAACAACCACCGGGCCGACUUUUCUCAAGCGGGUCCCAACCACGACCGGUCCAUAACCACUAUUGUUGUCGAACAGAUUCCAGAGGAGAAAUUCGACGACCGAUCUGUCCGAGACUUCUUUUCCGAGUUUGGCAACAUUGAGCAAGUCACAAUGCAGCCAUAUAAACGCCUUGCUUUAGUCAAGUACGACGAUUACAUGGCUGCCAGGAGAGCCUAUGAAAGCCCGAAAGUUAUAUUCGAAAAUAGAUUUGUUAAGGUCUACUGGUAUAAGCCCGGUGGACUACCUACUCCACCAGCGACUGCCAAAGGAACCGUAAAGUCGCCUCCCAUGUCCAAGGACGAAGGACCACCCUUUGACAGAGAGAAGUUCGAGCGAGACGCGGUGGCAGCUCAGAAGAAGCUGGAGGAGAAGAAAGUCCAGAUGAAAGACGUGGAAGCAAAGAGGCAUGCGCUAGAGAAGCAGAAAGAAGAGUUGACCCAGAAGCAAGCCGAAGAGAAGCGGAGGCUGCUCGAAAAGUUGGCGGCAAAGGUUGUGGCGCCUAACGGCGAUACAUCAAUGACUGACGCUACAAAUGGAAGCCAUGGGGCGGACGACAACAAAGUGAGCGCGCACACGAAGGCGUUACGGGAGAAAGUCGCAGAACUGGAGGCAGAGGCUAAGAGCCUGGGCCUGGAUUCAGCGCUAAGCGAUACGCCUUACCAAUAUAGAGGACGAGGAAGAGGCAGGGGUCGGGGUUCCUAUCGCGGUUGGGAAGGGUUUGCUUCGGGCUCGGAAUCAUUCAGGGGAAACCCUCGUGGCAGAAGCGCUUUUGUGGGCAGAGGCGGUGGGAAAUACAACUUGGAUAAUCGAACGAAAAAAGUGGCGGUCACGGGCGACCUCAGUGGAGAGAAAGACGAGGCUCUGAGGCAGUAUUUGCUGGGAGUGGGCGAGUUCGAGGCCAUCGAAGGUCAUCCGGAUCGCCCUGAUACCCAAGUCGUUACUUUCAAAGACCGACCCACGGCAGAGACCUUUAUGUACGGCGUUCAUGAUAUUCCAUUGGUCGGAAAACUGGAUUUCGCGUGGUUUAAUGCUCCAGGUGUGUCUGGCCAACCGACACCGAAACAGGCGGAGACCGAUGGCGACACAGGAAUGGGUGGCACAAGGGCGGAUGAUCAUCACGCUGACAAGGGAACUGUGUUGGCCAACACCGAAGUCGACUAUGACGUAGCGGAAGACGAGGUGUGGUAA